ACAUAUAAGUACACACACACACACAUCGUUUCCAGUUUUUGUGUUCAAUUUUCCUGAAUUACUUUUGGUGUUUUUCUGUUAUUUUUUCUCUUCUUGUUUGCCAUGUCGUUUAACUUGACCAAGGAUCAGAUCGAAGAGCUGCAGGAGGCCUUUAGAAUGUACGAUCUGAAUGAUAAUGGCAGAAUAUCCCCUCAUGAGAUGCGUCUAGCUUUGAUUUCCGUGGGUCACGAGAACACGGAAUCAGAGCUAUACGAUCUCAUUGGCACGGUGACUGUCCAUAGGAAUGCGGAUCUCAGUUUGCCCCAGUUCAUGCAAAUGAUGGCACCCCGAAUGGAGUCUGUGGAAAGUGAAGAGAAUCUAACCAAGACCUUUCGCCUCUUUGAUCGCGAUGAUGAUGGCUAUAUGACCAGUCAGGAUGUGCGUGCCUUCAUGGUCAUGAUGGGUGUGGGUGUGAGCGAUACAGAUAUCAGGGAUAUAUGCAGGGAGGUCGAUAUGGACCAUGAUGGUCGCAUAAGUCUGCGUGACUUUUUGAACUUUAUGCAUAGCCCCCUAUAAGCUAGGCUGGCAAUAAAAAUUGAAAAUUUGCCUGCAGCAAAUAUGCAGCAAAAAAUGUACACGCGUACAACAAGCAACCGCAACUACACGCAGCGAAAAUAUAUAGUUAUUGUUAUCACAAGCCUUUAUUUAAAGCAAGUGUGUUUGUAUAAUAUGUUGGCAAGAAAACUGUCACAAGUCGAUGGAUGAGAGUGAAAUGAACAUUAAUUAAACUUUAUUUCUGAUUUA